AUGCCACGAACGCGGUGGAGCCUAAUCAGCUCACGGUGCAGUGCAUAUCCACUCCAUGUACAGUGCCCCCGCAUGGGCAUGGCCGCAUCAUUUCCGGAUCAUGUGAUGGACCUGCGCGCGCAAGUGCAUGAGUGGGACAGUGCGCCUGCUCCGUUAAAUCAUCUUCUUAUUUCGUUGCCCCCACCCACCCCCCACAAGCUCGGAAGCCCGUUCCUCAGCCGUUGGCCGUCCACUCCACCCGCGCCCGCGGACGGCAAGCAAGCAGCCGUAGAGGGGGCGAGGUCAUCGGCCAUGCCCACGGCGCUCAAGGCGUUCUUGAACAGCCCCGUCGGCCCCAGGACCACGCACUUCUGGGGACCCGUCAGCAACUGGGGCUUCAUCCUCGCGGGUAUGGCUGACAUGAACAAGCCACCUGAAUUGAUAUCCGGCCAUAUGACUGCAGUCAUGUGUGUGUAUUCUGGCCUAUUUAUGAGGUUCGCAUGGGUGGUACGGCCGCGGAACUAUUUUCUUAUGGCAACCCAUGCCUCCAACGAAAGCGUUCAACUCUACCAGUUAUCUCGCUAUGCUAGGGCUCAAGGUUACCUAGAGAAGAAAGAGCCUGAAGCCCAACAGUAA